CUGAAUAACAGAAGAACUUCAACUUUAGACCUUCAUUCCCUUCAAGUUUCCUGCGACCUGCGAAGCCUACCCAAUUUAAAGUGAAACUAAUAACUCAAUAUUAUUUGCAUACAAACGCGUGCUAAAAAUAAGACGAUCAGAUCCAAUCCAAUCCUCGGUCAUGAGCUCCAAUUCAUCCGGCAGCGGCUAUUCUCCCUCGCCGGGAUCAUCCGCGAUGGGGAACUCUGCCACGUCAUCUACCAACAAGCAGAAGGAUAAGGCCAGAGUGAGCAGGACGUCACUUAUACUCUGGCACGCUCAUCAAAACGACUGCUCUGCUGUCCGGAAGCUUCUCGAAGAAGAUCGAUCUUUGGUCCAGGCAAGGGACUACGAUAAUCGGACUCCGCUUCAUGUAGCUUCCCUCCAUGGCUGGACCGAAGUCGCCAAAACCUUGAUUGAGUUUGGUGCUGACGUCAACGCCCAGGAUCGCUGGAAAAAUACUCCUCUAGCUGAUGCGGAAGGAGCUAAAAAAUAUAACAUGGUUGAGCUUUUAAAGUCUUAUGGUGGCUUAUCUUUUGGUCAAACUGGAAGUCACUUUGAAUCAAAGCCUGUCCCUCCCCCCCUUCCAAAUAAGUGUGAUUGGGAAAUUGAUCCUACAGAGCUGGACUUUUCGAACACAACAACUAUUGGCAAGGGGUCUUUUGGUGAGAUUUUAAAAGCCAGUUGGCGAGGAACACCAGUUGCUGUCAAACGUAUUCUUCCAUCACUUUCAGAUGAUAGAUUAGUGGUUAUGGACUUCAGGCAUGAGGUUAAUUUGCUAGUGAAACUUCGCCAUCCUAAUAUAGUCCAAUUUUUGGGAGCUGUCACUGAUAAGAAGCCCCUUAUGUUAAUUACCGAGUAUUUACGAGGGGGUGAUCUCCAUAAUUACCUCAAGGAAAAGGGUUCACUCAGUCCCUCAACAGCGGUUAACUUUGCACUGGACAUUGCUAGAGGAAUGGCUUAUCUUCACAAUGAGCCGAAUGUCAUAAUUCAUCGAGAUCUGAAGCCUAGGAAUGUUCUUUUGGUCAACUCAAGCGCAGACCACUUGAAAGUUGGAGACUUUGGACUAAGCAAGCUCAUGAAGGUUCAAAAUGCUCAUGAUGUGUACAAAAUGACUGGGGAGACUGGAAGUUACCGGUAUAUGGCUCCUGAGGUCUUCAAGCAUCGAAAAUAUGAUAAGAAGGUUGAUGUGUUCUCUUUUGGAAUGAUUCUCUAUGAGAUGCUUGAAGGAGAACCUCCACUUUCACAUUUUGAGCCAUAUGAAGCAGCCAAAUAUGUGGCAGAUGGACAGAGGCCUAUUUGUCGUGCUAAAGGAUAUACCCCUGAACUGAGAAACUUAACAGAGAGGUGCUGGGCUACUGACAUGAACGCAAGACCUUCAUUCUUGGAAAUUCUGAAAGGGCUUGAAAAGAUCAAGGAAACCUUACCACCAGACCAUCAUUGGGGCCUAUUUACUUAAUAGGAUUCAAGGGCACUUCCCAACCUGGACAUUGAAUGGCAUAGAUGUUGCGAAUAGAUUCAAUUGAGGAAGUUUUGUGAGAGUCUCUACCUCUCUGCAAUUCUAUUCAAAGUUCAAUUAUGAAUAGGUUAAUUGAUUGUUCUUUAAGUUUUCAGUUUCUAUAUUUCAUUAGUGAUUUAUGUGGACAGUUAAACAGCAAAUCAAGGUGAUUCACCCACCUGAGGUUAUAAUGUUUAAUUGGCUUAGUGUUUCUUCAAAA